AUGAGUCAGGAGUAUUUCCCCGGUCAGGGCGCCUCCUCUGCCGGCGAGGGUUCAUCCUCACCCUCGUCCUCCUCGCCCUCUCACGCCCAUCCUCCUCCGCCGACGGAGGAGGAACGCCUUCCCAGCACUAGUAGUUCUACUAUGUUUCCGAGACCCCCGCCUGCAUACAUGACCGUCGGCAAUGGCUCAACCUCCGAGAGCGCGACCGCCUUGAUGGCUUCCCUGCAUGAAGAUUCCGGCUAUGGAGGCAGUAUUCCCAGCGGAAGUGUGAUGGAUGGUGAUGCUGGUGGCGACUGGAAGGCCGAUUUGAUGGUCGAUCGCCCGACACCCAUGCAUACCCCUACGCAUCUGGGAGAGUGGAAUCCUGCCGUGGAGCAUGAGAGACAGGUUGUUGCUAGCCAUGUUCAUCAAUUAUUAUACAACUCGAAUCGCACUAAGCUCGCGCGUGCCAUCUCGCGCACUAUCGAAACCCUCAAAGAGCUUCAGGAUAUGAACCGCCAAUGGCCCGCGCAUUAUCCCUCCUCCCAGAGCGCCCCGGGCUCCCCUGCGCCGAAGCCCGCCAUGCAGAAGAGACAGUCAUUUUUCGGAGAGACAAGCAUCGAAUCGGAAGAUUUACCCCGUCCCGGAAUGAUCAGACGCGCUGCCACGAUGACCGGUGGCGAGGAUUUGGCUGAAUCUAGCGCUGCGGCGGAGCGUCGCGUACCGUCCGAACCGAGGUUGAUGAGCCCCCAGAUUGCGCAGGAAUUUUCGAUUCUCAAGCUGGAUUUGAAGCUGGGUGCGCUGUCCCAGGCGGAGCUGGUGCACUCGCUAGAGAAAGCGUCCAUUGCAUCGCUACUGGACGGCAAGAUCAGCCAGAGUAUUAAGCACCUGUUGUCGCUGCGGGAUCGGAUUGAGGAUACAUCGAGCAAGGUCUUGAUUACAGGUGAUCUGAACGCUGGAAAAUCGACUUUCUGUAAUGCGCUGUUGCGGCGCAAGGUCCUCCCCGAGGAUCAGCAGCCUUGCACGAGCAUCUUCUGUGAGGUUCUCGAUGCGCGCGAGAACAGCGGUGUUGAGGAGGUUCAUGCCGUUCACAAGGAUGUGCUUUACAACCGCAACGAUGAGAGUACCUACGAUGUGUAUGCGCUCCAUGAGCUGGAGAACAUUGUCAUCGACAACUCCAAGUACAUGCAGUGCAAGGUCUACGUGAAGGAUGUGCGGACGAUUGACGAAUCUCUUCUCAACAACGGAGUGGUGGAUAUCGCUCUGAUUGAUGCGCCUGGUCUGAACUCGGACUCGCUGAAGACGACGGCGGUCUUUGCCCGACAGGAGGAGAUUGAUGUGGUCGUUUUUGUGGUUUCCGCUGCAAACCAUUUCACUCUUUCUGCAAAGGAGUUCAUUCUUAACGCUGCUCAUGAGAAAGCCUAUAUGUUCAUCGUUGUCAACGGCUUCGACCAGAUUCGCGACAAGCAGCGCUGUGAGCGGAUGAUCUUGGACCAGAUCGGCAAGCUUAGUCCCCGCACAUACAAGGAAGCGGCUGAGCUGGUGCACUUCGUCUCGAGUAAUGCUAUCCCGCCCUCCGGCAAGAAGGAUAAAGGAAAGGGCAAGGAGAGGGAGAAGAUUCAAGACUUUGAGAACCUGGAGGGCUCAUUGCGCCGCUUCGUUCUCGAAAAGCGCUCUCGCUCGAAGCUUGCUCCGGCCAGGACUUACCUCCUGAACCUGCUUGCCGACAUCAACUCGUUGGCCUCGGUGAACCGCGACGUCGCUCAGAACGAGCUCAAGCGCGUCACGGACGAGCUGGCGGAGCUUGAGCCGGCGUAUGAGGACGGUAAGAGGAAGAAGGUUGAGAUUGGUGAUCAAGUCGAGAAGCUUGUCGACGAGUCUUGCGACGAUGUCUACAACCACACCCGGUCUACUCUGGGCGACACCAUCGCCCGUGUUUCGGAGGCUGAUCUGGGCGUUGAAUACCCUGGUUUCCUCUCCGCAUUCCAAUAUGCCGAAGACCUGAAGGUGGCCAUGCUAGAGCAGAUCGCUUCGGCUGUAACUGGCUGCGAGGACUACGCUCGCGAGAAGACAGUAAAGGGCGUCGGGUUCAUCCAGAACAUUGGUCUUCUCCAUGUUGGCGAAGACAAGUUUGCGCCCUUGAACUUCCGCGCGGAUAUGAUGUUCCGUCGUGGUCGUCGUCACACGCUCGCUAGACAAGUGCACACGGAAGUGGAACUAUGGGACUUCUUCGACGUCUCGGGCAUCUGGGAGCGCCAGGAGAAGGUGGCCGGCACAGGUAUGGCUAUGACCGCCGUAACCGUUCUUACAGGCCGUGCCUUUGGUGGACUCAGCUGGGUCGACAGCGUUUUCAGCGCUGUCAAGUUCCUUGGCCCGAACAAUCUGCGCCGCCUGUUCAUUCCUGGUGUUAUGGCCAUUGCCGCCCUGACAGCCGCCUACAUGGUCUCUUCGAUCCCAACGACUCUCCCUCCUCGUCUCUCACGCAAGCUCGCCGCCACCCUCUCGGAGAUGGACUACGUCCACUCCAACGCGACGCGCAUCUCCUCCGAAGUGCGCCGCAUUCUGCGCCUCCCCGCCGGAAACCUGCAAACAAGCCUGGCACAAGACAUCGAAGAUCUCGGCCGCCGCAAGCACGAAGUCAGCAAGACCAAGCAGGAAAGCGACGCCGCCUGCAAGUACUUCUCGAACUUGUUCCGCGAGAGCGGCGAGAACCGCACCUCGGUCGAAAACAUCGAUCUCGAUGCUCCCUUACCCGGUGGCCUGGCAGCCCAUGCUUAA